AUGAGCAGCACGGCUCCGCAUCCGAUCCUCUCGAAAACCACGCUCGACCGGUCCAUUCGCGUGCUUGGAAAGCACGCAACCGUCGACCCACUCUUCCGGCGAUUGACUGCGGGCCUGCCCAUCACGAUUGGUGUGCUCGGCGCCAGCGUCGGGCAGAAUGCCGGGUGCCUCAGCCAGCCGGGCAAACGAUGCAUGCAUUUCAGCGGGGUGGGCGGCAGAGCGACGGGCUGGGCCGUGCGACUCCUCCAGCACAUCAACGCCAGCUUCCCGCAUCACGGCCACCGAAUCGACAACGCUGCCAAGGACGCCACCCCCGUGAAUAGCUUCAAGCACUGCCUCUUCUCGCACCUGAGCGCCGAUGCGAUCGCCAAGUCGCUGUUAGUGCUGCCCGCCCAGCCUGUGCUGCUGCACCUCACCGUGCAUGAAUGGUGUACACAGAAGCUCACGCCGCGCCGGUUCUACCAAGUCGGCGACGAGCUCAAGGGGGCGACUGUCAGCGGUUAUGUGUACCCCGACACGCCCUGGGAGCGAGUCGAUCUCGAGAGCACGCGUGUCUGCCAUCACUAUAGCCAGCCCUGCCUAUCGCCCAAGCACGCACUCGAGCCGCACGUGCUCAACGGCGAGCCUGGCUUUGGCUUGCUCGAUCUGACGGGUGAAGAUUGCCUCCACCCGGCCAACGGUCGGCACGGUGUCGCCUACCUCUCUGCGAUGCUCGCCCACUGGUUCGAUCGCGCGCACGCCAUGUGGCGGGUCACGCGGCACGUGAACCCGAGGCUAAAUCGCCGUACGGUCUUGCCCGCACCCCUCCACGUGCAGAACCAGGCGCAAGCGCCUGUCGCGCGCUGCUACGCCUUCCAGAAGGUGACAGGGAAGGUGGAGAGCCAGUCGCAACGCGGCCUGCCCUGGUGCUCGCCGCAACAGACGGUGAGCAACGAUGGGGUUGCGGCGCUCAGCUGCACGCCACUGCUCGACGACAGCCACGCCACUUGCGACAUCGGUGGCAAUCGAGCCUCCUCGCCACACCUCGGAGUCCGCUCCGCCGACGUGCCCGCGAACAGUCGGUACCGCGCCCUCAUGGCCACACCCCAAAUCGGCUGGUUCUGGUGCCCAGUGUCGCUCGGAGGGAGGAACAAGCCAUCGGCGGGUGUUGUCGCACUGACGCCGGGGUCGGUGCUGGUGGCAAGCGUGGACGCGUACCUCCCACAGGCCGCGCCACAACGGCCUGGCAUGGACGACGGCGCGCUUGCUCCGGCGGACGCGACGCUCUUCCUCGAGCACCUGGUGUCGUACGAAGGGAUGGGGCGUGUGCGCGUGCGCUGCGGCAAGGGCUGCACUUGCACCUCAACGGUCAUCGACGCGCACAGGAUCGACAGCUUGCGCAACAGCUCGGUCUUUGUGACGACGCCAGUGCGUGUGAGCGCGCUCCCCUCACCCCGGUGCGAGCUGCGCCUCGUGCUGCUGAGCGAAUCCUCCGGCGGCGGGCACAAGUUCAAGCUGCGCGGCAUCACCGUCGUCGCGGCGGCGCCAGAGUCAGCUCGCGCGGACCAGCGCUCCGAACCGCAGCCCGCAGCACAGGCACGCUUACCUUACCGGCGUGAUCGGCGUGGUACUUGA